AUGGCGACAAUGCUCGCCAAGUCGGAUCUUCCACCAGCCAUGGAGGGGCUGGUGGAAGACACUCCGCUCCGGAACCCCAACCUCCUAACAUAUAACCAGGUUUACUGCAAAGUCGGCAGCACGCGCGUGCUGCAGGCCGAGCCGGCCGUGCUCAAUUUUGGCGGCUACACGUUGGGCCAGGUCUACAGCCAAACCCUGAUUAUUCGCAACGUCCGCGCCAGGGGGGCGCGCUUUCAUAUCCUAGCGCCUAACACACCCUUCUUCAAGGCAACCUGUUCCAACAAGAAGGGGCUCCUGGCCCCGGGUAUGAGCGAGGAGGUGGUGGUGGAGUUCUGCCCCAGCCACUACCGCUACUACUAUGACUGUAUCAGGGUGCAUUCGGAGGACGAGAACCUUCUGAUCCCCAUUCACGCCUAUCCGGUGGCCAAUGAGACGCUCUUCCCCACCCGGGUGGAUUUCGGGAGGGGCCCGGUGGGACAGGAGAUUGUCAAAACACACACACUGGAGUGCAAGGUCCCCGUCGAUUUCGAAUUUGAAAUUGUCGAGACCCGACCGAACCCGUGUUUCCGCGUGGAGCCCUCCCGGGGUGUGAUCCCGGGACACGGCACCGUGUCCGUCACGACGUCAUUCUGUCCGCUCAGCUUCAAAACGGAGGAGGCGGUUAUUGAGGUGACAGGGGGGGGAUGGCCCGGGGCAGCCAGGGACAGAGCACUGGGGCUGGGCCCCGGAGGAGGAAGGGUGACAGGCUCUGCUGGCGGCGGUGGCGGCACGGCUGCGGUGGCGGCGGCGGCGGCGGUGAACGGGCGGCUGCGGAGCCAGGGGGACCGGCGGGUGAAUGGCCACCAUCAGGAUGAGGACGAGGAGGAUGAGGAUGAGGAUGAGGAGGAUGCUGAAGCGGAGGAGGUCCAGCCUGCAAAUGGGAGAAGCAAUGGUGGUGGUGGUGGUGGUCGGGUUUGGCGGCGGUCGAUGACCAUGGAGGAGCUGGAUGGCACCAUGACUCUCAAGCUGGGGGCGAAGGGACUGCCUGUCAACUUGGGGGGCGGCACCCUGAAAGGAGGUGCCGGCAACGGCGACUCGUACACGGCUUACCUUGACCUCCAGCGGCGGGAGCGGGUGAUGUCACGUGACUGCCGUACGGAAGGCCCCAUCCGCAGCCGGCCGCCGAAGCUGCCGCCGCCGCGGGGGGAGACCGCCGUCAACGGCGUGAUCGUACCUGACUCGCUGCUGCUUACGGCGGCAGAGUGGCGCCUUAUCGAGGGUAGCGAUUGGGCGAAACGGACCCGGGCCCGGGACUUGUUCAUGCGGGCUGUGUGGCGGGUGGUACGGAACAUGAGGCUGCAGAAGAGGCUGGAGCGGAUUAAGGAGGUGCUGGCUCACCUCGGGUACGACAAGCAGCGCCUGGCUGAGGAGGCUGCAAACCCAGUGCUGCUGGUGAAGGAAAGCGACCGCCCGGGGUCGGCUCCCACCAGGUAUCUUCGUCCCGAGAUGGUGCGAGUGCGACCACUGCCGUUGUACCGGGACGUGCUCUUUCAGCCCCACCCGCCACAGGAUGUCAGCCACUACACCGACUUUGAUGAGCUGGCGCCGUUCCAACUGAAGACACCCCUGGAGUACCGCUUGCUGGGUUAUAACCCGGAAGAGUUCCCCGGGCUCACCCCGUACCUCCCCCCACUGCUGGAUCAACCGCUUCUGGGGGGUGCGUGUGAGGAGGUGGCGGCGGCGGGGGAGAGAAUUGAACCCUCGGGUGUCGUACCGCCACUUCAGGAUUUCCCGCCGCUACCCGACGCAUGCAAGAACAUGCCGUAUAUUACACUGGAGAUUGGCGCGCGGUACGGCGUGGAACGCAUUUUUGCAGCACCGGAGCCGUCGUACGACAUGGGGUACGACAUGGACUACGUCAUUCAACCGCGGUUGUACGAUAUCUACGAGAGCGGUGCGCAUGAGGCGCCCGCGUCGGGCAGUGUGCGGGCGCUGCGGGGCGGCCCUGCGCUGUCGGACACGUGGCUUGUACGGCAGGACACGUGGGCCGUACAGUUGGGUGAGGAGGUGGUGUUGCGGCUUAUGUCCGGUCCGGAAGCGGAGGACCUUCCCGAGGACCUGGCGGAAGAUGAUGACAAACCCAAGAUCGCCCCCCAAGUCCCCACGGACGAGCAACUCGCCAGGUACCUCCCCCGCACCAGCCGGACGGAGGAAACCACCACCACCGCGGCAGCCGCGGGCCCCGCAGCCGCUACAGCAUCCAAACCUGCGAGCCCGCUCGCGGCGGGGCAGGCAGCGGCAGCGACGGCAGCGGCGGCGGUGACCCAACAGCAGCUUCAGUCUCCCCCUCCCUCCACCUCAUCCUCCCCAACCAAGUCCGCCGACCCGGCUGCCCCGGUCCGCUACCGGUUGGUUCGGGACCGCCACGCCGCCCAGCUGGAGGCGGCCAAACAGGAGGCCCACCUGGCUUCACUGUCCAGUUGGGAACAGAAACUGGCAGAGUACAAUAACCUGCUGCGAAAGCCCUGCUACUUCGCUUUGCACCUGUGA